UCAAUCAUGCGGGCCGUUCCUGCUCGUGCUGUGUAAUUAGCUGUAAAUAUCAAACAAAGUCUGAUGAAACCACUGUCACAGUGUGUGCUGGAGCUGGAGAUAUGAGGCAUUAAUUAGCUGAAGUCAAACGGAAUAAUAACGUUUCUCUGACGGACGGAGUAAACAUCAGUUCCGCUCUGUUAAAAUGAGUCGUGUUCCCCCGAAGAGGCUCUACAAGGAGCUGCCGGUGUGGAUAGUGGAGGACCACCACGACGUGGUGUGUCACAUCUACCGUGCCAUCGCAUCAAGGCAUCUCCCACCGCAGAACGUAAAGAUGGUUCAUUUGGAUUCCCAUCCUGACCUGCUUAUCCCUGUCAACAUGUCUGCAGACACAGUCUUUGAUAAGGAGAAGCUGUUCAGUGAGUUGAGUAUAGAGAACUGGAUAAUGCCCAUGGUGUACGCUGGACAUGUGUCCUGUGUGGCGUGGCUGCAUCCAUACUGGGCCCAGCAGAUCAGAGAGGGAGAGCACAGGAUGGCUGUGGGUAGAGACCCAUCCACCACCACCAUCAGGGUGAGCAGUACAGACAACUACUUCCUCAGCGAUGGUCUUUAUGUUUGUGAGGAGCAGCUGGAGAACUCUAAACCUCUCAGACUGAACGUGGUCAGAGUCAAUCCUAUCAAACCGGGUCAUUUAUCAGUCACAGAAAAGAAAACAGAGGAGGACACAGAGAGGUGGUCGGCCAAGAGGCGUCGGACAGAGAGUCGUGUGGAUGGGGAGGCCGGCUGCUCUGAGCCCCUCUCCACAGCCACCGAGGCUCUGCAACCAGCAGAGGGCAGCAAUUUCAAGGACAAACAGUGGAGCAACGGGACAAGCUUGGGAGGGGAUGAUGGUGAUGAAGAUGAAGGGUCAACCAAUUAUGUCGUUAAGAGCAUAUCUGCAUUUCUGACUGAGACUGAUCCAUACAUCUUGGACAUUGACCUGGAUUUCUUCUCAUGUAAGAAUCCCUUCAAGGAAUUAUACACAGAGGAGGAGUAUGCCAUCCUGAAGGAGCUCUACAGCUUCAGAGGACCCAGCCUUGAUGCUGAUGAGGAGGAGCUUGAAGAGUGUGUGGAUCAUCGUAUACGUCAGUUAGAGGAUCUGGAAGCAGCAUUUGCUGAUCUUCUGGAGGAUGAUGAAGAGGAGACGGUUUCACGCUGGGCCAGAAACCCUGGUAUGGCUUCACUGGCCCAGCUGGUUUCCAGUUUGAAGUCCAGAAACCCAUGCCCCGACUAUGAGAUGGUGCAUCAGGCAGGGUUAACCUGCGACACCGUUGAGCUGCCUCACCACAUCAGCACUGACGAGGAGAUUGACAGACUCAUCUCAGCUGUACAGCUGUUUCUGACGCCUCUGCCCAAACCUACACUGGUUACUAUGUCCAGGUCCAGUCUAGAUGAAUACUGCCCAUUAGAGCAGGUGGACUCAGUCCAGAGCAGAGUAUUGGCUGUACUGGAGACCCUGUAUGGACCGCUGGACUUACACAAAGACUAUGAAAGCAGCAGCACAGAGACUGUGGACUGCCAACCACAGGCCUCUUAACAAACACACACACACACACGUCUCACUUUGGGAUGUAGUGAAUGUACUACUUUAUAAAGACAACCACAUGAAAAAUGACACAUCAGAUGCUGUUGCACUGAAUCGUGAAGUGUAUUUAUGUCUCGUUUCCAACAGGUGGCACUUUGAGGAACUUUGUCAUGAUUGUGUUCCAUCCUGGACACUGACACUGUUUACGUGCACAGAAGAAACCAGACGACUGUGAAAAUGCAAGUUAAAGGUUAAGUCUGCUCGUAUUGUGUUUCUCCUCAUAGUCAACAACAACCCAAACAAGUACUGUGUAUGUGUCAGAGUCUGAUGUUUUAUUCCUCUGUGCCUUAGAACUUUGUUGUCCAAGUUUUAUUUAGGACAACAAUAGAUUUAUUUAACUUUACAACACAUCAGUGAGCCACACUGUUGCACUGAGUAACAUGCUGCUUCGCUACCAUGAACACACACACACACACACUGUAGUUUAUUUUGACUCAGUCCCAUACACACACUGUCCUGCUGCUGGAAACACUGCCACCAAAUGUGUGUUGAUAUGCCUCUGAGUAAAGUCUGCUGAAAACUAUAAUGGCCAGCUGUUACAAGAAGUUACUGAGGCUUCUUAAAUCCAGUUUGGUUUUUUUUUUUUUUUUUUGUUUUUUUUUUUUAUUCAGAGCUGCUUUAUGUGGCAUGAAAGUUUCAAAAACAAUGAUGCCAAAGCAUCAAAAUACAGUUUAUUCCUCUAUCUGCACUGGUACUGACAGCACUGUCCAUGCAGUGUGAGCAUGUUUCAAAUUUCUAAAUAUUUUUUGAAAAGUGAAAGUGAAACAUUUCUGUUUGUAACAGAAAAGUUUGUUUAGUUUUUGUUUUGUUAAACUCUAUUAAAUUAACCUGAACAUGUUGUU